UCGAGCUCAACUGAUAGACCAGCAAAAAUGUCUGGAGCAGCAAACUGAAAUGAGGGUACAGCUUCUUCAGGACUUGCAGGAUUUCUUCCGCAAAAAAGCAGAAAUAGAGACGGAGUAUUCCCGAAAUCUAGAAAAAUUAGCAGAAAGAUUCAUGGCCAAAACAAGAAGCACAAAGGACCAUCAGCAGUACAAGAAAGACCAGAAUCUCUUAUCCCCCGUGAAUUGUUGGUACUUACUACUGAAUCAAGUGAGAAGAGAAAGCAAAGACCAUGCGACAUUGAGUGAUAUUUAUCUGAACAAUGUUAUCAUGCGCUUCAUGCAGAUAAGUGAAGAUUCCACCAGGAUGUUCAAAAAGAGCAAAGAGAUUGCAUUCCAGCUUCAUGAGGAUUUAAUGAAAGUUCUUAAUGAGCUUUACACGGUCAUGAAAACAUACCAUAUGUAUCAUGCAGAGAGCAUCAGUGCAGAAAGCAAGCUGAAGGAGGCGGAGAAGCAAGAAGAAAAACAGAUUGGGAGGUCAGGAGACCCUGUGUUUCAUAUUCGACUAGAGGAGAGACACCAGAGACGGAGUUCUGUGAAGAAGAUUGAAAAAAUGAAAGAAAAAUGUUGCGAUCUUGGAUAUCAUGCAAGUCUGAACAGAGCCCUAAGAACAUAUCUCUCUGCAGAGUAUAAUCUUGAAACCUCCAGACAUGAGGGUCUAGAUAUCAUUGAAAAUGCUGUUGACAGCUUGGAGCCACGAAGUGAUAAGCAGAGAUUUAUGGAGAUGUACCCCACUGCCUUUUGCCCACCAAUGAAAUUUGAGUUCCAGUCUCAUAUGGGUGAUGAGGUUUGUCAGGUCACUGCCCAGCAACCAGUACAAGCGGAGCUUAUGCUGAGGUAUCAGCAGCUACAGUCACGACUGGCCACACUUAAAAUUGAAAAUGAAGAGGUUAAAAAAACCACGGAAGCUACUUUACAAACAAUACAGGACAUGGUCACCAUCGAAGACUAUGAUGUUUCAGAAUGUUUCCAGCACAGUCGCUCUACAGAGUCUGUGAAGUCAACAGUCUCAGAGACAUACUUGAGCAAGCCCAGCAUUGCAAAAAGAAGAGCUAACCAGCAAGAGACUGAACAGUUCUAUUUCAUGAAAUUCAGAGAAUAUCUGGAGGGGAGUAAUCUUAUCACAAAACUUCAAGCAAAACAUGACUUGCUUCAGAGGACUCUUGGAGAAGGUCACAGAGCUGAAUACAUGACCACAAGUCGAGGACGAAGGAAUUCUCACACCAGACAUCAGGAUUCAGGACAAGUCAUUCCUCUCAUAGUGGAAAGCUGUGUCAGAUUUAUCAAUUUAUAUGGUCUUCAACAUCAGGGAAUUUUCAGAGUGUCUGGUUCCCAAGUGGAAGUCAAUGAUAUUAAAAAUUCAUUUGAAAGAGGUGAAAAUCCUUUGGCAGAUGACCAAAGUAACCAUGACAUUAACUCAGUUGCUGGAGUACUGAAGCUCUAUUUCCGAGGGCUGGAAAAUCCUGUCUUUCCUAAGGAAAGAUUUAAUGAUCUUAUUUCUUGUAUCAGAAUAGAUAAUCUCUAUGAGAGGGCUCUUCUCAUCCGCAAACUCCUCCUGACUUUGCCCAGGUCAGUCCUUAUAGUGAUGAGGUACCUCUUUGCCUUCCUCAACCAUCUUUCACAGUACAGCGAUGAAAACAUGAUGGAUCCGUACAACUUGGCCAUUUGUUUUGGUCCAACCCUGAUGCCUGUUCCAGACAUACAAGACCAGGUGUCAUGUCAGGCUCAUGUGAAUGAAAUAAUCAAAACUAUCAUCAUCCAUCAUGAGGCCAUUUUUCCAGAUGCUAAGGAGCUCGAUGGCCCAGUUUAUGAAAAAUGUAUGGCUGGAGAUGAUUACUGUGACAGUCCCUAUAGUGAACAUGGUACAUUAGAGGAAGCAGACCAGGAUGCCAGCACAGAGCCCCACACCAGUGAAGAUGAAUGUGAACCUAUAGAAGCUAUAGCUAAGUUUGACUACAUGGGAAGAUCUGUACGAGAACUGUCCUUCAAAAAAGGAGCUUCCUUACUUCUAUAUCAUCGAGCAUCUGAAGACUGGUGGGAAGGAAGGCAUAAUGGAAUUGAUGGCCUUGUACCUCACCAAUACAUAGUGGUGCAGGAUAUGGAUGAUACAUUCUCAGAUACACUGAGCCAGAAGGCUGACAGUGAAGCUAGCAGUGGGCCAAUAACUGAGGACAAAUCCUCAUCCAAGGACAUGAAUUCUCCAACUGAUCGUCAUCCUGAUAUAUAUUUAGGAAGGCAAAGAAAGAGAUCUGAACCCCCAGCUCCUCAAAGACGCCCCGGAAGAACCAAUGAUGGUCACUGCCCUGUACAUCCACCACACACCCUCAGCAACUCCUCGGUGGAGCUAGGUUCCCCCAACACUGGAAGUCACUGCAGUCCUCGAGCCCUCCUUCAGAAUCGUAACCUCAGCGCAGAUAGUCCUGAGAGAAGACGUAGGCCUGGGCAUGGCAGCCUUACCAACAUUAAUAGGCAUGAUUCACUAAAGAAAAUUGAUAGCCCUCCAAUUAGAAGAUCAACAUCAUCUGGUCAGUACACAGGUUUCAAUGACCAUAAACCACUGGACCCAGAGUCAAUAGCUCAGGAUAUUGAAGAGACAAUGAAUACAGCUCUGAACGAACUUCGUGAGUUGGAACGCCAGAGCUCGGCAAAGCACGCCCCUGAUGUGGUGCUGGAUACAUUGGAACAAAUGAAAAAUUCUCCCACCCCUGCCACCUCGACAGAAUCCCUAAGUCCUCUCCAUAGUGUUGUAUUAAGAAGCACUGAGCCUCAGAUUCGACGUAGCACUAGUUCUUCCAGUGAUACAAUGAGUACUUUCAAGCCCAUGGUAGCUCCUAGAAUGGGAGUGCAGUUAAAACCCCCUGCCCUAAGGCCAAAACCCAUUGUUCUUCCAAAAACAAAUCCAAGCAUAGGACCUUCCCCUCCUUCCCAAGGUCCAACGGACAAGUCUUGCACAAUGUAAAAAGCUAGGCAGCCCUCAUAAGUAAGAGGGGGCCAUGUUACUGAAAGGAAUGGAUUAGUGAUAAAAGUCAGGGGUUCCAUAACAUAAUUAGUUCAUGUUUAUAACUGGAGAGGUCUUGUUUUUCAGUGUUUUUGAAUGUAACUAGCUACAUUACCAUGGGCAUUGGUAAUUUCUAUUGUUUCAAUUUUUUAAAAACUGGACAAUUGUGUGUCAUUAUAAAAACAAAACACAGACUUACUUGAAAACUUGAUGCUGCACCAUUUGUAAUAAAAGCAACACAAAUCACAAGUAGCUUCCCACAUUGUACCAUAUUUCACAGUCUUACUGUAGUUUACUUAAAUGAUCCUGUGCAAAGGUAAUGUGAAAGGAUUCAUAAGGGGAUGUGGAGCCAUCACUAGAUCACUGGUUCCCAUCUCAGACUGGCUUGUGAAAAAUGGAAGUUAGUAUGUGAGACUUAUUCAUAGUUUCAUAGUAGUUAGGGGUCAGAAGGGACCUAAAUAGAUCAUCUAGUCUGACCCCCCACCACUGGCAGGGGCACACGCUGAGAUCACAUGACCCCAGACAG